AUGAUUGAACAACAACAGAUUAGUGGUAUUCCUCUUUCACCGCAAAUAUCCCCAGAUAAGGAGAAUCUACCAUCUCAAGAAUACGAACCAUCAUCACCUUCUGAUACAUCUGAUUUUGUUAUAGAGGAAAAUUUUGUUUCUACCACAGUAAAGAGCGAGACGCAAGAGAAUAAGGAUAAUAAUAACCCUACUUUAGCACCUCUUGUCGUUGAAGAAACUAUUUUAUCGAAGGAAUUAGCCAACGAACAAGAAGAAGAGAAAGGUGUAAAUAAUAAACUAACUGAAAAUACUAGUAGUGUUACAGAAGACGAUAUUAAAGAAUCGCCACCUAAUAUCGAAGACGCGACACUUGAACUUGCAAACAUUUUAAAUAACACUUCAAGCAUUGAAUACAAAACCGAUAGUCAAACGACAAAAGAAUCAUUUUCGCCUUUGUUAACUUACGUUGCUCCCGACGACAACGAUAAACUGGAUUCAUUUUUACAAGUUUCCGCACCCUCACAAUCGAUAAUGCCUUUAAAUCAUCUGGAAUACGAGGUUAUACAUGCAUCAACUUGGGAUGAUAACUAUCCGCCACAUCAACUUUUGCCAAAAGACAAAAGUUCACCUGGAGGAGAAAUUAAACAUGGCAAGGGAUGGCAGUCGGAAAGGCCGAAUAGUGAACCUUAUAUACUAUUUCGACGAUUAGGAUAUUGCGCUCUCGAUAACAACGAGCGAGCUAAUUAUAAAGCUCGAGAAUUAAAAUCAGUUCGUCUUGAUACUGAAGGCGAAUAUAUAAGAUUAGUUGCGCGUCGUUGUUACGCAAAUAAUUUAAAUCAAUACAAUCAGGUCGGUAUAGUAGGGAUAACCGUUAUGGGAGAACCAGCUGAUUAUUUACUUGCAGGUGAAAGUCAAAAAAUCCCAAUCGAGCAUGCUGACGAAGGUCUGUCACGUGUAGCAUCGCCCGAGACAUGUAUCGUCCCCUUCAUCCAAGAUAGGAUGAUUAAUAAUAAUCCAAAUGAUCAAAGAAAUUUCACAUCAUUAUAUUCUAUUCUUCCCAACUCAUUAUUAUCAGCGGCAAAUAAUAGCAGUUCCACUACUACCAACCCGUUGCCCAUUGACCCCAAGAAUGACGCACAAACGAACAAAUAUAACCCGGUAACCGCCAAUGAUUUCUUGUUAAAUGGCGAGGAGACGGAAAAAUUAUUAGCUGCGUUUGGCAGAGCAAAACAAAACGCGGUGAAAGGCAAGUUUUUUUUUUGCGAUCGAUUGGAAGAUUUUCACUUGGCUAAAGUUUUGAAAGUAUUUUCUGAAAUGAUCAAGAAGGCUGCCAAAGAUGUAUGCAACUUUGAAGUAUUGAAAAAGCAGGCCGUUGAUGAUGAAGAAUUUGACAGUGCCGAGAAUUAUAAGCGUGAAGCUGAAGCCAUUAGGUUAGGGAUCCGUACCUCUCUAUCCGAUGAAGGUAUUGAUUUGGAUGAGUUUGGAGAGGUGAUCAUAUUCGAUCCAUCAUUACAAGAUAUUAUCGGAUUAGCUGAAGAACCUGAGAAUGAUGACCUAGAAAAUCAACAAACCGACCCUAACGUAAUUGGUGUAUUUUCUGAGAAUGAACAUCAGUUCCGUCAAGACCAUUUACUUGCCACUUCUGCACUCAUUCCUAAAAGUCGAACAAACAGCACUGCAUCAAUAGAUCGUGCAUCUGGUGCUCGAGCUCCAGAACCAAUGUUUCCGUUAAUGUCCAAAAGUCGGAGAAAUAGUGAUGCAUCAUUAAACCGAUAUUUAGGAGGUAACAAUUAUAACAAUUACACGUAUGAACAACAGCAAGAACUCACGAGACCUACUACACCUACUUAUUCAACGACCCCUUUGCCUUGGACACCGUUCGUAGAUGAUAAAUCUUCAUUAAAUUCCUCAAAUGCAGUAGCCAUUAUGGUAAAUCCACCGCCACAACAUGAAUUACCUGAAAAUGAACCCGAACCUCUCUCUAAAUUAGCAAGAUCUGCUUUUCUUUUAUCAAUUCCAUUCUUUGGAGAUUAUAUCAUUGCAUGUUUAUUGUCCAGUAAAUAUUUUUUAAGGGACUCGGCCAUAGUUCAUGUUACAAAGAGGAUCGAUAUCGUUGAUGGUAAUGGUUUGAAUAUUGAUGGUAUCGAUAAACUUUCAUUAGUCAAAGCCACUUAUCAAGUUUUACAAGAGGCCUUAAAUGAUAACAGAGAAGAGUACACAUUGCAUGUUUUAGCUCUCUGGGAAAAAUUAAUCAAAUUUUGUGUUUACCACCAAAUUCCCAAUAGUUCAACAUGGAAAUCGGUUGAAAAUAAUUAUGAGUUAUUGUUCGUCAAGACAGCAGAUAUCAAUGAUCGCGUAAAACGAAGUUCUAUUGAUCUGUUUAUCUUAUUAGCUAAAACUUAUAGGACACCGACUCAAUCAGUUUUAUCAUUAGUCCUUAAGCCUGCAAAGACACCAUCACAACCAUUGAAAAGAGCAAAACCCACUGUUGAGUUGAUAACUCGAUUAGUAGAAGAAUUUGGGGUUGUCAAAAUUCCAAAGUGCAAAUUUGAUAAAGAUAACAAAUUAAUAUCAAUAUCUUACUUAAACAAUCAUCACGAUGAUGUACGCGAUGGCGCUGUAAGGCUUGUAGUUGGAAUUGUUAAACGUAUUGGUAAACAAAAUGUUGAAUCAUAUGUUGCGGAGGUUGAACCUUCGUUAUUAGAAGAUAUAUGGAAACUUGUUGCCGAAUGGGAAGCAACGACAGGCAAAGUAGCAGGUGAAAUUUCUUCUCCCCCACCUUCACCCAAGCAUAAACCUAAAGGUUUGACAGAAGAAGCAAAGGCCGCAUUAAAGAAUUAUGAUGUUGACGAAGUGUUGCUUCAAAAGCCAUUGGCGAAACGUGGAACAGUUAAUCGAUUAGAACAGCAAUUGAUGGAAUUACGGUUCAGGAUGAAUACUACCAAUCACAUUAUUAAAGAUGAAUAUGAUAAUUAUCUCGCCAAUUCUACAAAAGCACAUUUUCAAGAUGAAUUAGAUGAAUUAGAGGAAUUGGAAUUGGAAGCUCAAUUAGUUGCGGAAAUUGAAGCAGCAGAAUUAGAAGAACAACUACUAAAACAAGCUGAAAGUAGAGAACAUCCAAGUCGUAGCCAAACGCCUUCCGUUCCAAGAGGCAAGGCUACUGCUGCCAGCAAGAAAACUCCAGCUUCUCGCGGAAGUAAAUCUGCAGCUCCUAGUAAAGCCGCCCCAGCAAAGAAAUCAAAAGAUGAUGGCAAAGUCGCUCCUAGUAAGAAAACUUCCACAUCAAAAUCGACCGCUGCUAAACCCGUAACUCGAAGAGGAUCAACAGAUGAUGCAAAAACAACAUCAAAAAGCGGAAAGAAACCCUCUGCUAAUAAUUCAAACGCUUCAACAGUACCAAGCAAAUUUACUUCUGAGCCAUUAACUGAUGAGCCUGAUGAUUCAAAAAGUGAUAGAUGCUGUAUUUUCUGUGAUGAACACGAUGAAAAGUACACAGAAGAAAACUUGGUUACACAUUAUUGGAACGACUGUCCAGUAUUGACCAAUUGUCGUUUGUGUAAUAUUAUUCUCGAGAUUUCUACUCUUGAUGAUCAUAUGUUGACCGAUUGUGAUAAGAGUAAAUUUGUUAAACAAUGUCCUCGAUGUCGUGAAGUCAUUGAGGCUGAUGAUUUCCUUGAACACAUGGCAAAACAGUCUUGUAUGGCUAUUCGACAAGAUAUCGUUCGCUGCCCUCUUUGUAAGACAGUUGUUAAGCCUGCGACUGAAGCAGGUUGGAAAGCACAUCUUAUAGAUGAAACCGGAUGCACAAAGAAUCGAAGAAAAUCAAAAACACUCAUCAAAGAGAUGGAAGCUGCAGCAACAGAAAAACGUGAGAAGAAAACCACUUCAACAACAAAAUCAUCAGCGACAUCAAAAACUCCUGCUCGUAAACCAACUGCUGCGAGCAAAGAUAAACCUAAGAAGGCAUCAACAACUAAAGUUUCAAAGGUUAAGAAAUAA